AUGAUUGCAUAAGACUUAACAAUAUUUACUGGGAAUUAAUUAAGUCUAUAAAAUGUAUAAUUGUUGUUUAUUUUAGUUUGCAAAAGAUUUAUUAAAUUAAUUAUCAGAUCUUCGAAACUUAUUUUUCUCAACUUACUAUGGAGAUGUUUGCUCAAUAAUCAAUAAAAAUAAUGACACUAAUUGUUAUAAUAUUAUUGAAGGCAAUCUUCAAUUAGGCAUUUAUAAUGUUGAAUAAUAUUAUCUAUAGUAUUUUAGAAAUCAAAAUCUCCAUGAAAUAGAGUAUAAUGAGUAAAUCUAUGAGAUCGAUUAAUCAUUAUUUUACUAUAUAAAGUAUGCUGUUUCUAAGAUAACAGAUUUUGAAUUAGAUUUUAUGACUAACCAGAUGUCAUCAACUCUAACUAUUUAACUAAUCUUAGUUAUAAUCUACAUUUUGAUAUUAGAAUUAGUAGUCUCAGUGAUAUGGUAUUUAUUUUUACAAAAACUAAACAUCCAAGUAUAUUCAAUUAAAAUAAUUAGAUUAACUUGAAUAUUCAAAUGCUUAAUAUGAUACCAAUGAAAGUGGUAGAGAACAAUCGAAAAAUAAGAAUGUUUAUUAGAUAAUGCAUAAAAAAGUUAGAGCUGGAGAACACUUGA